AUGCGUCUAAUUUGGAUAUGGCUUUUGCUAAUGUCAAUCGGAUUUGCUCAUUCAAUUUGUCCCUCUAAUACAUUUACUUGUAAGGAUGGAAGUUGUAUACCUUCGGAUUGGAAAGGCGAUGGAGAAAAAGAUUGUGAAGAUGGAAGUGAUGAGGAUGGAAAUGUGACAACAUCGACUGAUGAUUUUGAUGAGGAGAUCACAACUUCGACGUUGAAGAGUACUGUGAUCAGUGGAAGCAGUGGUAAGGGAAGAGGAUCUAGAAGUUCUAGAAGUUUUGGCUCCAAUUUCCCUCGAAACCUUUUUGAUAGAUCAAAAGUAUUUUUCUCUAAUUCUCUCAAUUUUCGUCACACCUCCAAGAUUUUUUCAGGUCUCAAAAAAAGCUGGAAAUUUUUUCGUUAGAAAAUUAGGGGCUGUGAAUUUUAUUGGGAUCGCAACUUCUAUGAUGAAAAAUUCUUGAUCUGAUCAGAAAACUUGUGAGCAAUUUUUUUUGAGAGGAUCUGGUUGAGACACAAAAAAUGUUUCAGAUUUUUUUGAGACCUCCAAAUCUUAGGUGUGGGCACAAAAUUCGAGGCAGAACUGAGAGAUUUAAAGAAAAAUAUUUUGAUCUUGAUCUCAAUGUGAUCCAUAAUUUUCCGAAAAAUCCUAUAAGUUCCAAAGAUCAAGAGAUCAAAUUUGAUUUAUUUCAGAAUUCAUUUUCAAAUUCAAUUUUCAGAAGAUGAUUGCGAUUGGGCUCAACAACAAAGAAUCGACAAUUGCAGUGAGCCAAUCAUCAGAUUUUUGCACGAUAUCGAUCGAUUGAAUUUGAAGAAUAUGUCAUUCUUGACGAGUUCUGAUGUGUGAGUUCUCUUCCUUUUCACAGGCCUUUUUUGAACAAGGAAAAUUGGAAAUUUGAAGAGAAACAGAGAAAAACGGAAAUCGAACUGCAAAACUUUUUCGCGCUGUGAUACCUCAACGACAACGACAAAAUAUUUGAGCGAGGGCGAACAUGCGCAUUUUUGCUAUUUUUAUUUUUAUUCUUUUUUUUUGUUGAAAAAACGGAAUUUUUAGGAUAUUAGACGAAUUUCGAUAGUCAAAACCAAAUGUGAUUUGCAUAAAACUCAGAGCCUCAAAUUUUUUCAAAAGCUCAAAAAAACUAACAUUUCCUCCAAUUUUCCUCGAAAUGCAGAAUAAUUUGACCAAACUUUUCCUCAUUAAUUGUUCCGUUUCCACCAUUUCUCUGACGAUUUUCCUGUAAUGUAGAAAUUAACAAAAUCUAAAUAAAGUAAACCAAAAAGUAAGAAAAAUUCAAGAAAGUACAUUUUUCCAUAAAAUAGCUUUUUUAGCACCAGUUUUUGUAUAAAACUAUCAAAAAUCAACUAAAAUUAUGUUACUUAUACUAGGAAAAGAGGUGAAUAUGAAUUUAACAACAAUUUUCAUUCAAAUGCAUGAAAAAACAACGAAAAAUACACGAAUGAGAAUUUUUCGAAAAACAAAAACAAGAAAAUAAAAGUAGAAAUGGAAGUGCGCCCCAUUGAUAAAAAUUGCAUGCCUCGCACUCUUUCAAAAAUUUGUGUGUUUCGUGGAAAAAAUAGUCAGCGCGAAAAAACUUUGCAGUUCGAUUUGUCGUUUUCUCUGUUUCUCUUCAAAUUUGCAAUGGCGUGUCGAGCCAAUAUCCAAACCCUAUCCCCAUUCCCGCCUCCUAAUUUCUAAUUUUUCAGUCAAUCACAAAUCGAAGCAGGAUGUUCAUUAAUGCAAAAUUACCACGACUGCACAUCAGGCGUCGAUCAAAAAUGUAUUCCAGAUGAAGGAGUUCAUUCAUGGGCUGAAGUUGAGAUGUUCAUGUGUCAACUCGUUCUUCCAUCAGUCCGCGAGCACGUUGAUUGCUUCAAAAGUUCAGCUGAUUCUCGAUGUGUCGCCAGUCGAACAUCCGCUUCUUCCACGUUGUGCAGUUUAGUCACCUCGAUUCAAGCAUCAACUUCAUGUUUGGAGACAAUUCGACCGGCUUCGUGUUCUUCAGAUGCGAUUGAGAUGUUGAGUCCGAUUAGAGAAGAGACUCAACAAAUUAUUUCGUCGAUUAGAUGUGUGGUGAGUUUUUUGAGGGCUUCUGAUUUAUUUUCUGAACUUGGGGUACCAUCUGCAUUUUUUUUGAAAAGCAAAAAAUUUCAAACUUUUGAUCGUAGUAAAGAACUUGAAAAAUCUACGUGGCAAAAAAAAAAUAAGAUCAAGUUCUUAGGUUAGAAAAAUAUAUGGCUACAGCAAUCCAGAAUGAACUUAAAGCCACGUGGCAAAGUUUCAGCCGAACUUUUUCAUGAAAAAAAGCCCCCCGCCCCCCUACAAAUCUCAACAAUAUUUGUAUUUCCCCAAAUUUCAGACCUCUGAUGGGACAACAUCAGCAAUGAUUGUUGAUGAAACCACUGAAUCAUCAUCAGCUUCAGAAUCCACUGAAGUUUCGACCGAAGAAAUCGAAGAAUCAACAACACCAUCCAUUCCGGAGGAAAAUAAAACACCACUCACAAUUAAUUUGGCCGAUGCUGUUAAUUCUCUCUAUUAUAUUUACGAUAUUUGUUCAUCCAACUAUUCAGCUGAUCCGUUUGCUGGAGUUGCUGCGAAAAUUUGCGAAAAACAAGAUGAAAUUGCAAAAUAUUCGGAUUGUUAUCAAAAAACAUUGGAAAAACAAAAGUGUGCUAUUAAAAAUGCGACAACAACUUGUGAGGCUUUGAGUAGUUAUAAUAAUAAUUUGGAUUGCGCAAUUGUUACAAUGAAUGAUGAAUGUGAAGUUGAAGCACAGAAUUUGAUUGUGGAAUUGCAAGAAUCAGUGAGUUGACCAGUUUUGGGUUGAAAAAUAGUUUAAAAUCUCGAUUAUCAGCGAAAAUGUAUUUUCGAUUUAACGCUUAUCCACAUCAUUCCCUCUUUUUUUCUAGGUCGUAAUGGGGUAGUACUUUGAGCUUAAGAUUUUAUGUUUCUCCUUUUCUCUCUGAAUGACCACAGAUCUAUGAAACUACAAUAUUCCAGAAAUGACAGCGUACUUCAAAUAGCGAGGGUCCCUGUGAGAUAAUCUGUAUCAAAAUCCGGUCAUUUCUACAUUUCACGAUGUUCCAAUUUUUAGAUUAAUCACGAAUCGCAUCAAAAUAAAAUGCGGGAAAACCAGAAAACAACAAAAAAUAUUUCAAGCUUCAGAAUUUUCUAUUUUCAUUUUUCUCUUAAAAUGAUCACAUUUCUUUGAGACAACGAUGUUCCAGAAAUGCCACCGUACUCUAGAUAGCCUUGGGUCCCUGUGAGAUAAGCUUUAUGAAAAUCCGGUCAUUUCUACAUUUCACGAUGUUCCAAUUCUUAGAUCAAUCAUGAAUCGCAUCAAAAUAAAAUGCGGGAAAACCAGAAAACAACAAAGAAAUAUAUCUAGCUUCAGAAUUUUCUAUUUUCAUUUUUUUUUCUCAAAAUGACCACAUUUCUUUAAAACUACGAGAUUCCAGGAAUGACACUGUACUCUAGAUAUCAUUCAGGUCCCUGUGAGAUAUUUUGUAUCAAAAUGCUGUGAUUUCUACAUUUCAAAACGUUGGAAGUUGUUAGUGGAUCAUCAUUCUGAUCGAAAUAGGCUGUGGGAAAUCUAGAAAACAACAAAAAAUAUUUCAAGCUUCAGAAUUUUCUAUUUUCAUUUUUCUCUCAAAAUGAUCACAGAUCUUUGAAACAACGAUAUUCCUGAAAUGACACCGUACUUCAAAUAGUCAGGGUCCCUGUAAAGUUUUAUAAAUAAAUUUGAAAUUUUUCUACAUUUCAAAAUUCUCCAAUUGAUUUCUGGAUCAUCAUUCGCAUUAAAAUAAAUUGUGGGAAAACCAGAAAACAACAAAAAAUAUUUCAAGCUUCAGAAUUCAAAAUUUUAAUUUUUCUCUCUGAAUGACCACAGAUCUUUUGAAACAACGAGAUUCCGGAAAUGACACCGUACGGUAGAUAGCAUUGGGUCCCUGUGAGAUAAUAUCUAUCAAAAUACUGUGAUUUCUACAUUUCAAAGUUUUAAAAUUUAUUAGUGGAUCAUCAUUCUGAUCGAAAUAGGUUGUGGGAAAUCUAGAAAACAACAAAAAAUAUUUCAAGCUUCAGAAUUUUCUAUUUUUAUUUUUCUCUCUAAAUAAUCACAUUUCUUUAAAACUACGAGAUUCCAGAAAUGACACCGUACUCUAGAUAUCAUUCAGGUCCCUGUGAGAUUUUCUUUAUCAGAAUACUGUAGUUUCUACAUUUCAAAAUCAAAAAUUCCUCAAAUUUGCCACAUAUUUGAUAUGUGACAAGCUUGGGAUCAAUAAAAAUUCCCAAAAUUCUGAAAAUUUCCACUCAAUGACAUCAUACUUGAUUUAAAAACGAGUGUUUUGUUUACCGGAAAAGAAAAACUAACUUCCUGUUGGACAAAAAAACCUGAUCCUUUUUCGGAUAUCCAAUUUGUUACACCGAGGCAAUUGAAUGAAUAGCCAAUGAAUGAAUGAAAAUGCAAUGUUCGAUUAACCAAAAACCAACCAAUUAUGUAUAUUCAAACUUUUUUUUAUAGAAAAUGGGGAAUUGGAAAUGGGUCUAGUAGACCAAUUUUUGGAAUUUUCAGAAACUUGGGACCAAAAUAUUCAUUUUUCCAGGUCAACGAUUUGAUAAUUUCUGCAAAAUGUUUCGAGGAGCCAAAAUCCACCACAGUUGCACCAAAAGAAGGCGAUUUCCGAUUGAACACAACACUUCCAAAAUGUACUGAAGAACAAGAAAAUGGUGCACUUGGAUGUCUUGUUGAACUUGUUGAGAUCAAUAAGAAAUUAACACAAUUCGCCAAUCUCAAUUUCCUUCUCGAAAUCGCUAGCCCAAAUUCUACAGUAGUCGAAGGAAUUUGUGAACUUUUUGGAAGAUAUGAGCAAUGUCUUGAUACAACAGUUUUCAAGGGAAGUCAACGUUGCUCCUUCGCUUCACCGCUAAAUUCUCUUGCGAGAAUUGGCCUUGCUCCAAUUUGCUCACUCGAUAGCCGCCCGAUGUUGGCUAAACAUCGUGAAUGCUUCGAAGUUUUGCAGAGUGAAACAGAUGAAGCAUCGAACUGUCAAAGUGGACUUUCAGCAUUAUCUCAAACUGUUUCAAUGAUGUUGCAAGGAGUUCAUGGAGAAGCUUUGCUUUGCAAAAGUUUUUAUACUAUUCGGGAGACUUUUAAUUGCGGAGAGAAAUCUGUUAGAGAAAAAUGCGAGCCACAAGCGCUUCAGGACUUGCUCGCAUUGAAAGAAAAGGUGAGGAAGUGAUUUGAAAAGAGCAAAACUGAAUUUAGGCUAACUUCGAGCUGGAUAUCGAAUUUAAAUUCAGAAAUUUUAUAAUUUAUCAGAAAAUUUUUGAAAAAAAACUACCUAUUUUCAUCUGGUUUUUUUGUAGGUAGCAGCCCUUGGAAUUGAAGAAGGAUGUCCUGCCACUCCACCAGCCAACCUGGAUGAAAUAAUAUCUCGUCCAGUUGCUCGCCCUACCCCAGUCACUCUUCCACCAUCAUCAAUCCCCUUCGCCCCAUCAGCUCGCCCUCUUGCAAUCCCAACAACCACUCCAUCUUCACAAAAACCAUCGAGAUGUUCAACCGAAGAUCAAAAGAAGUUCGAAGAAUGUGUCAAACCACUAACAUCUUUCCAACCACAUCCAUUAUCUGUUAUCGCUAUGCCACGUGAAAUCGAUAGAGCAUGCGAAGCUUUCCAUACUUUCAAAGCAUGUUCAGCUGAAUCAACUUGUCAUCCACUUUGGGCGAAGGGAAUGAGUGCAAUGUUCGAAUAUGCCUGUGAUGAGGCUAAUGAGCAAUUCAAAAAAUCACGAAAAUGCAUCAGAGAAGCAUCGCAAAUUGAAGUUGUCAAAAAUUGUGUAUCUGAAUUUUCACGAGGCGCACCAACUGCAGCAUGCAUUUCCUCAAAUAAACUAAGCACUUGCGCAUUGCCACAUAUCCAAGAAAAAUGUGGGCAAGAAGCUACUGAUUGGGUUUCAAGUUAUAUUAUUCGAUUUGCUAAUGCGAUUGAUGCCAGAUGUCGAGUUGGAAGACAAUUACCAGUUGGAAAAGUUGUUGGAAUCGGAUGCUCACCUGAAGAAGAAUCAAUUAUUGAACAUUGUGCUGCGCCUUUGAAUGACAUUGGAUCCCGAGUUGAAGAAUUAUUCGCAGGAGGCAUGCAAUCACUAAUCAAAAAUAUUAAUGCGUUAGCCCCAGUUUUUGCCGGCGGCUGUAAUUUAACCGAAGAAUUCCGAACCUGCGCGCAUUUCCUACUCGAAGGCAAAACCACUUGCGUUGUAUCUUCCUGUAUGAUCGAAGCUGGCAAGGAUAUUUGUCAACUUCCUGAUCCAACCAAAGCAAUCGAUGAUAAUCUAAGUUGCCUCUUCGGUCAAGCUCAAGAACCAAAAUUCGCGCAAUGCAUCCGGUCAACAAUUUCCACCUUGAAAACUUUCAAUUUGGCUAGUUUGCGAAAUAUUCUACCAAGAUUUAUUGAUUGUACAAAAGAUAUUGUUUUGGACAAAUGUGGAGAAUCUCCAAUUAAAAUUUUGCGAGCAAUGAGCACACCAGAUAUUUGUCCGGUUGGAGCAAAACAAGUUGCGAUUAUCCCGGUCAAUUUGCCAUCAACAACCACACUUGAAACAAUUUUGAGCUCAACAACUUCAAGAUCUGAAGAAGCAGAAGAGACAACUGAAGUUACAACAACUUUGGAAGUGACAACCCAAAACGAAAAGGAGGAAGGAUGUUCAGAGAUGGAUUUGGUCAAUCAUUUACAAUGUGAAACACAUUUGGAUCAAUUUGCAUUUAGACCAAUUUCUAUUAUUGGGUAAGCUUGGGCAUUUUUUCAGUUAGGAUAACUUCUAAUUUCCAGCGACGCUUCAAAAUGGGAUGAAUUCUGCGCAAUGAUCAAUUCAACAUAUCUUCCAUGUGUCGAUAAACUGAAGUGCAAAUUUGAGCCAGCUUCUUCAGCGCAAGUCACAUUGAUUGACUCGAUUUGUAACAGGUAUGUCUAGAUUUUUUUUUUCGAAAAUUCUAGAUUAUUAUUUUUUCAGACAAAUAACCCUUCGAGACCAAAAACAAUUCGCAAAAUGUCUUUCCGAUUACACAAAAACCGAUGAAGGAACUGCGUGUCUAUCAAAUACAAUUGGACAUAUUGAUCAAUUAGACAAAACGGCGCCUGAAAUGAUGUGUCAAGGGUAAGUUGGAGAAAAAUUGUGGAGGAGGGGGGCUUUUUUGGAUGGCAUAUAGGUUUAAUAUGAGCAAUGCUCUUCAAAAAUUGUUACACGUGGAAAAUUUUGGAUCCACGUGGCGGGGAUUACGUUUUAAUAUGAGCAAUGCCACAUUUUCUUUAAAAAAAAUUUUUGAAAAUUUCCUAAAAAUUCAAAUGUUUGGCUUUUUUUCUGGAAAUUAAAAUUCGGAAAUAAUUUUUUCUAUAAAUCUCCUUUUCUAAAAUUCAGCGAGCUUCCAAAAAACUAUUUCCCAUUUUUUCCAGAAUCAAUCGACUUAUGCAAUGCUCUUCUCAAGCAAUCGAGCAAAAAUGUGGUUUCGACGCUCUUCUCCACGUUUUCAGUCUUCACAAUCAAUGGGCCUCGUUAUUCAAUGCCACGUGUGUUUUGGAAUCUCCAGAACCAUCGAAACCAGUUACCGUAAGUCCCUUCUAUUUUAUUUUGUUCAGCCGCCAAAAAUUCCUUUCAGAGCUUGGAUACAAAUGAAGUUGAACCAUCUCGUGAUACAAAACCAGAAACAGUUCAAAUUGAUGAGACAACUCCAUCAAGUACAGUAAUUCAAGGAUCAAAUGACGUCACAGAAGAAGUUGUGACUGUUGAAAAAACUACUGUAGUAGCAGCUUCCGCCUCUUUGUCAAUGAUUACUGUAGUUUUAACAUUGCUCAUUUUAUAA